AUUCUCUCUCUUUCUUUCCAUUCUCUAAUAACUUUGAAUUUUCUCAUUAUUUUUUAUGCUCAUGCAUCUGUCAAAGAAUAAUAAUCUCACCAUAAUAUCUUUCAACUCCAUCUUCAACUCUUUUUUUUUUUUUUUCUAAGUCUCCAAACAUCAUUGUUGAUACAUUUUUUUUUGCAUAUAAAAAGAAAAUAAAACAGAAUUUCUCUGUUUUUAUAUGUAAAGGAAAUUUCCUUUUGUGGUAUGUGAUUAAUGGAAAAUAUGAAUAUUAAAGAAGGGAAUAAUCAACAUAUGAAUGUUACAAAUUCAUGUAGUGGGAAUAAUAAUAAUAAUAAUAAUAAUUCAAUAGGUGGAAGAGACAGUUCAUCUUCACCUACAAAUUUUCAACAAAAUCAAGUUUCAAUGGAUUGGACUCCAGAAGAACAAGCUACUUUGGAGGAAGGCUUGGUAAAAUACGCCUCUGAGACGAGCAUAUCCCGUUAUGCAAAAAUUGCAAUUGCACUGAAGAACAAAACUGUUCGUGAUGUGGCAUUACGAUGCAAAUGGACCACGAAAAAGGAAAACAGCAGGAGAAGGAAAGAUGAUGCAAAUCUAUUGAAGAAAAAUAAAGAUAGAAAGGAAAAAUUGAUUGAUCCUACUGCAGUAUCGUCCCCCGUGGUAAUGCAGCAGCCUAGUUAUGCUCCAUACACUCAAGGAGUGGUUUCUAAUAAGAGUGAAGGUUUCGCAUCGUACCAUGCCACACAGCUUAUUCAUCAAAACGCCCGGAUCUUCGAACAAAUUUCUGCAAAUCUUGUUACACAUCAAAUACACGAGAAUACUCGACUUUUGUGUCAAGCUCGAGAUAACAUCUUCAAGAUUCUACAUAAGUUGAAUGAGUCGUCCUGCACGCUGAAGCAGAUGCCACCACUCCCAGUUAAGUUAAAUGAAGAACUCGCAAACUCCAUUCUUCCCCCCCUCAACUCAUGCAUUGGGGUGAUGAUCUCGCAAUAGAAAGUCAAGCAUUCAUGGUCAUUGAUCUUCAGAUUUUAUGGAGGGAAAAAUGUCAUCUCUAUCGCGAGAGAAAGAGAAAGAAGGAACAAAGAGUUGACUGAUUUCAUGUACAAUUUUUGGGCAUACUAUACUUGCCUUAUUGCUCCCUUCCCUGGUAAAGACCUUUGUACAGUAAUAAAAUAGAGUUUUAAGUUUUAUACACCGACAGUAUUUUAGAUUUUUCAUAUAUACCAUCAGGUUUAAGUGUGUGCUU